AUGAAGCAAUUCAUAUCACUUUUCUGCAUAGGUUCCUCAUCAGAUCUAUCUAUCUAUCUAUCUAAAUUCAUUUCAUAUCUAUCUAUCUAUCUAUCUAUCUAUCUAAAUUCAUGUUCAUAUCUAUCUAUCUAUCUAUCUAUCUAUCUAUCUAUCUAUCUAUCUAUUUAUCUAUCUAAGUUCUUUCAUACGUAUCUCUCUGUUCAUAUCUAUCUAUCUAUCUAUCUAUCUAUCUAUCAAGUUCUUUCAUAUGUAUCUCAUUCUGUGAGUAUCUAUCUAUCUAUCUAUCUAUCUAUCUAUCUAUCUAUCCUUUUUCUUAAACCUUCCUACUUGUUUACAUGUCAAUAUAAUCGUCUUCAUCGAUUACAUUUUGCAUCGCUACCUAGGUUCAUAUUUCAUUCUAUUCGUAUGUAUGCAUGUAUGUAUGUAUGCAUCUAUCUAUCUAUCUAUCUAUCUAUCUAUUAUCUAUCUAUCUAUCUAUCUAUCACUUUCAGCCUUUUCAUUCUCAUCCUGUUUCUAUCUAUCUAUCUAUCUAUCUAUCUAUCUAUCUAUCUAUCUAUCUAUCUAUCUACUUCUGUAAUGUAUCUAUUUUUGCAAUGUAUCUUUUUAUCUCAUUUGCCUAUCUAUUCUAUCUAUCUAUCUAUCUAUCUAUCUAUCUAUCUAUCUAUCUAUCCUUCCUUUUGGAUUCCGGGAUGCAAUUUGCUAUAA